GGCGCGGGGGAGGGGCGGCCGGAUGUGAGCGGAGCGGCCAUUUCCUGUUUCUCUGCAGUUUUCCUCCGCCUUGGGUGGUGGCCGCUGCUGGCCUUCGGCUUCCAGUCGGCGGAGGGCGAGGCGGCGUGCCCCGCGCCCCGGCCCCCCGCGCCCUGCGCCUGCCGCCGCGCGCCGCCCCCCGCGCCCCGCGCCCCGCGCCCGCUCGCCCGCCCGCCGCGCCAGCGGCCCCCCGGCGGCCCAGAUGCAGGCCAUCAAGUGUGUGGUGGUGGGAGACGGCGCUGUGGGUAAGACGUGUCUCCUGAUCAGCUACACGACCAAUGCCUUCCCCGGAGAGUACAUCCCCACCGUCUUCGACAACUAUUCCGCCAAUGUUAUGGUCGAUGGGAAGCCCGUGAACCUGGGCCUGUGGGAUACAGCUGGGCAGGAGGACUACGACAGACUGCGCCCCCUGUCCUACCCGCAGACGGACGUGUUCCUCAUCUGCUUCUCUCUCGUGAGCCCUGCCUCCUUCGAGAACGUGCGUGCGAAGUGGUACCCCGAAGUACGACAUCACUGUCCCAACACCCCCAUCAUCCUGGUGGGCACCAAGCUCGACCUUCGGGAUGACAAAGACACGAUCGAGAAGCUGAAAGAGAAGAAGCUGACGCCCAUCACCUACCCGCAGGGCCUGGCCAUGGCCAAGGAGAUUGGCGGCAGGUGCCGUCAAGUACCUGGAGUGCUCGGCGCUCACGCAGCGGGGCCUGAAGACAGUGUUCGACGAGGCCAUCCGCGCCGUGCUCUGCCCGCCACCUGUCAAGAAGCGGAAGAGGAAGUGUCUGCUGCUGUGAGGGCCGCGGCCGCCGCGCAAUGCCAAGUUUUUGUUACAGAUUAGUUUCCCCACAAAACCCUCGAACCAAUCAGUCAUUUUAAGGCUUUGUUUCAAGUGUAAGAGUUAAAACUUUUCACAUUCUAUUAAAAUUUAGCCCUAAAACGACGCUUUCCUAAAGCCUUAUUUCUCGAGAGCCCCAGUUCUUGCUCAGAGUGUUGCCAAACCCCUUGUGACCUCCGCCGCGUCGCCGUGCCAAGCUGGUGAGCGGGCGGCCUGGUCUCCCCCAGCCUGUAGCUUCUGAAGUUAGGGACCCGGGGUCCGGCCCGCGCCCAGCAGCGUGCGCUGUGCAGGACCCCUCCCCUCCCCCAUCUCGUACUGUACAGGCGGGUGCAGCCCCGCCGGGGUGCCGAGUCCCGAGCGAAUGUUUGAGACAUCGAGUGUUGGAGCCUCUGCGGAGUUGGACCAGAACCUUCCCUCCGGCCGGGGGGCGCUGGGGUGGGGCUCCUGUGACCCGAGGUGAAGACAGUAUUCUGACAAACUGGCGCGGCGGUGAAUUCACACUGCAUCGUACACAGAACGAUGAAACGAAUCAAUGUCCCUGGGAGCGUUUCUGAAGGGCCAGCGCUGUGUGCAGGGUGGCUGCCGCGCGGGCCCCAGCGCUCUGUCCCCCGCCUGGGCCUUCCUGACGCAUCUUAGAACUGGGAUUCCUGUGGCGGCUCAGCCAGCCCCGGCCCUGGAACCUCCCUCGUGAGCAAUAGGCCUCCCCGUAGAACUUCCCGACACUGCGUUACUUCUGGGGUAGAUUAGUGAAAGUGCAUCCCAUGUUUUCCUGAUCCUUUACUUGGCUAAUCGACGCUUUCUUAGUUUUCUAGUGACUAGGUGUAAAAAUCAUGUGUUGCAGCUUUUUAGUUUUUUAAAUAUUUUAGAUAUCUCAACUUCCCUGGGCUUCCUAACACCGCAGCCGGCCAGCACCGCACCCUGACUAAUGCUGCCCUCUGCCCCGUGGCCACGUCUCCUUGCUCCUUCCACUGUUCCUUUGGGUCUGAGAUUCUGGAAAGACCGUGCUCGUGCUAACAGAGUUUUGUACAACUUACCCACUGGCGAGAACACAAGGUUGGAACCUUCAACCACUAGAACAAAACUUUUUUAAUUGACAAUUGCAGAAUUGUGGAGUGUUUUUACAUUGAUCUUUUGCUAAUGCAAUUAGCAGUAUGUUUUGCAUGUAUGACUUAAUAAAUCCUUGAAUCAGA